UGCGCCAGCGGAGGCGUCUCCCUGCCAUUUGGCAUGCCAUGCGCGUCUGGUGCGCUGGAGACUGCCUGUCAAAUGCCUAUGAGUCCAUAGAGCAGCCAGAGACCCUACGGAGCGCCAGAUGGGCCAUUAAGGCCUCUACACUCCUCCCACCCCAGCCCAGGGGUGGAUCCAGGCCUCUACACUCCUCCCACCCCAGCCCAGGGGGUGGAUCCAGACCUCUACACUCCUCCCACCCCAGCCCAGGAGGUGGAUCCAGGCCUCUACACUCCUCCCACCCCAGCCCAGGGGGUGGAUCCAGGCCUCUACACUCCUCCCACCCCAGCCCAGGGGGUGGAUCCAGGCCUCUACACUCCUCCCAUCCCAGCCCAGGGGGUGGAUCCAGAGCCAGGCUCAUGUUCAGUCCAAGUCACAGGCUGUGUACUAAAGGCUCCGACGCCAGGUCUCUUGAGGCAGCUCACAUGAAAACGACAGUACCGGCACACCGGUGGUCAGUGUUCGAAUCAAACGCACUGUUAGCGGAGCGCGGCAAGCGCUUCUGCUACCCACACCCGUUAGGGUACGUCUGAAAUGAAGCUGACAUCUUUUCCCAAGGCUGCUCUUGACAAGGAAUUUCCUCCUUCAAGUAUUGCCCAUCCUCUCCACACAAGCACGUGAAACACAAGUCGUUAGGUUUAGAUCAUUUACAAUCAAGCCAAAAGUGAUGAUGAAAUACUACUGGAAAACCAGAUAGAAAUGAAAUAUAAUAAAUGUAAUAAAAAUGGAAGUUAAUCUUUAUGAGCAUACUGUAUCUGGCAACAGGGUGUACAAAUUGAGCAGCCAGCUGUCAAUCCACUCCCAUACCCCCAUCAGAGUCAAUCCAAUUUAAAAAUCCUCUUCAACUAGUCACAAAACAACCUCAACUGACAAUGCAAACCAAUUUCAUCAUAAUUGAUUGAGAGGAGCAAAUGCUAUUUUGGCAUUUACGUUCACUGAACGGGCCAGCUUUUAAUAAAGG